CGCCCGCGGGGGCGGCCCGCGCCGCGGCCCCUCCUCGGGGCAGGCCGGCUGCAUGGGCAGGCGCUGCGGGGCACCGUGGGCGCCGAGAUCGCCGUUCCUGGGCGCCAGUUUAGAUUACUGCUGAUUUGAUCCUCUGGAAUCUGCAAAAGGAAAGUCUGCCAGCCUCUGUGAAUAGCUUUGCAGUGUAACAGGAGUGGAGUUCCCGAGCAGAGAGAGAUAUGUGAAUGUGUGGGAGCAAAGCUGAGCACAGUGGUGUUUCUGCCUCAAACCUGGGCUCGUUCCCCAGGCACAGUCUGUGUGUGGGGUGAAUACCUCCGUGGCACCUGGAGAUGAUGUCAGUCGAAGGGUCUACGAUAACAAGUCGGAUCAAAAAUCUGCUUCGCUCGCCUUCCAUUAAGCUGAGGAGAAGCAAGCCUGGGAACAAGCGAGAAGAUAUAGGCAGCAAGGUGACUUUGGAGAAGGUGUUGGGCAUAACCGUGUCAGGAGGCAGAGGAUUAGCCUGUGACCCCAGAACUGGCCUCGUUGCUUAUCCAGCAGGGUGUGUUGUUGUGCUGUUCAAUCCUAGAAAAAAUAAGCAACACCAUAUUCUAAACAGCUCCAGGAAAACAAUUACAGCACUUGCUUUCUCUCCAGAUGGAAAAUAUUUGGUUACAGGAGAGAGCGGGCACAUGCCAGCAGUUCGGGUAUGGGAUGUGGCUGAGCGAACCCAGGUGGCUGAGCUCCAGGAGCACAAGUAUGGUGUGGCCUGUGUGGCCUUCUCCCCCAGCUCCAAGUACAUUGUUUCAGUGGGGUACCAGCAUGACAUGAUUGUCAACGUGUGGUCAUGGAAGAAAAACAUUGUAGUGGCAGCCAACAAAGUCUCAAGUAAAGUGACGGCAGUGUCAUUCUCUGAGGAUUGCAGUUACUUUGUCACUGCUGGAAAUCGACAUAUCAAGUUCUGGUACCUGGAUGACAGCAAAACCUCUAAGGUCAAUGCCACAGUCCCCUUGCUGGGUCGCUCGGGAUUGCUUGGAGAACUGAGGAACAACUUCUUUGCGGACGUGGCUUGUGGAAGGGGCAAAAAAGCUGACAGCACUUUCUGUAUCACAUCCUCAGGCCUGCUCUGUGAAUUCAAUGAAAAAAGGCUGCUAGACAAGUGGGUGGAGCUGAGGAAUACAGACAGCUUCACAACCACUGUGGCAAACUGCAUCUCUGUGAAUCAUGACUACAUCUUCUGUGGCUGCGCUGACGGCACCGUGCGGAUUUUUAACCCUCUGAACCUUCACUUUGUCACCACUCUGCCGAAGCCACACUUCCUGGGAACAGACAUCGCAAGUGUGACUGAGGCCAGCCGUCUUUUCUCUGGUGUGGCUGAUGCGAAGUAUCCAGACACAAUUGCCUUGACCUUUGACCCCACCAACCAGUGGCUUUCCUGUGUAUACAAUGACCACAGCCUGUAUGUGUGGGAUGUCAAAGACCCGAAGAAAGUGGGCAAGGUGUACUCUGCUUUGUAUCACUCUUCCUGUGUGUGGAACAUUGAGAUGUAUCCAGAGGUGAAGGACAACAAUCAGCCCUGCCUCCCCCCUGGUUCUUUCAUCACCUGCUCCUCUGACAACACCAUUCGUCUGUGGAACACUGAAAGCUCCAACAUCCAUGGCACAGCCCUGCACCGCAACAUCCUCAGCAAUGACUUGAUGAAAAUCAUCUAUGUAGAUGACAACACUCAGGUACUUCUGGACACUGAUUACAACUCAGCAGGAAGUGCAGAGAAAGCUGAUGCACAAGUGCUGGAUACAAAGGUGGGGAUACGCACGGUCUGUGUGAGUCCCAGCGGGGAGCACCUGGCCUCGGGGGACAGGAUAGGCACUCUCAGAAUAUAUGAGUUGCAGUCUCUGAAGGAAAUGCUGAAGGUGGAAGCCCAUGACUCUGAGAUCCUAUGUCUGGAAUACUCCAAACCCGACACAGGUUUAAAGCUCUUAGCCUCAGCCAGUCGGGAUAGAUUGAUUCAUGUCUUGGAUGCUGGGAAGGACUAUAGCCUGCAGCAAACCCUGGAUGAACAUUCUUCUUCCAUCACUGCAGUGAAGUUUGCAGCCAACGAUGGGAAAGUGAGAAUGAUAAGCUGUGGGGCGGACAAGAGCAUCUAUUUCCGCACUGCGCAGAAGACAGGAGAAGGGGUCCAGUUUACCCGAACACAUCACAUUGUUAGGAAGACCACACUUUAUGACAUGGAUGUGGACCCCAGCUGGAAAUACGCAGCUAUUGGAUGCCAGGAUCGUAACAUAAGGGUUUUCAACAUAAGCAGUGGGAAGCAGAAGAAGCUUUACAAGGGAUCCCAAGGUGAAGAUGGCACCCUUAUCAAAGUGCAAACAGACCCUUCUGGUCUUUACAUUGCAACCAGUUGUUCUGACAAGAACCUCUCCAUCUUUGAUUUCUAUUCUGGCGAGUGUGUUGCAACCAUGUAUGGACACUCAGAGAUUGUAACUGGGAUGAAAUUCAGUAAUGACUGCAAACAUCUGAUCUCUGUUUCUGGUGACAGCUGCAUCUUCAUCUGGCGUCUGAGCUCAGAGAUGACCAUCAACAUGCGGCAGCGACUGUCUGACAUGAAACAGAGAGGGAAGCAGGUGGAGAAGUCUCCUCCUCACAAGGCAGCUGGACUCAUGAGGCAUGAGUCCAUCUCUGCCUUGUCCUCUGUGCCUGCACUCUCAUCAGACAGUGACAAGGAUGGUGAAGAUGAAGGGAAUGAUGAAGAUGAGUUACGAGGGCUGCAGUCUUUCCAUAUUCAGUCCAACUGCAACACUGAGAGAGACUCAGAUCCAGACCUUACCCUCUCAAGAAGCCUUUCCCAAUGGGAAAUGAGGAGGGCCAAAGAGAUAGCAGCAAUCCAGCGUUCAGAGGCACCAAUGAGCAAGAUGCCCCGGCAACGUGGUCGCUGGUCCCAGCCAACCAGCAACAUAGAGAUGACUGUGAAAUCCAUGCUUGACCUGCGCCAGCUGGAGUCCUUCUCUGUUUCCCGUUCUCCAAGUCGGGACUCUCUGUCUCAAAACAGCAAUGGGGAUGACAGAGAAGAGCACACUGACCUUCCGGUGCACAUCAACAAAGUUGGCAGCUCAAUACCUCCCCAAGAUAACGGGUCUUGUGUGCGACCCCAAGUGAUUCGGCUUGUGUCUUGUGAAGAGGGGAUUUUCUCUCAGGAACUGGAACCUUCUGAGAGUGAGGAAUGUGUAAUCUAUCCUGAGCAAGAUGAAAUCCAUCCCACAGACUCUAGCAGUGAGUUCCAGGUAAAAGCACUGCCCCAUGGGAAGCUCUGCAGAGGUUAUCACAGUAAUGGGUGUCCAGAUAAACACAGCCCAGACAGUGCCUGCUCUGUAGAUUACAGCAGCAGUCGUCUGUCCAGCCCAGACCAUCCAAAUGAAGAUUCUGAAGGCACUGAACCUCUAAGUGUAGAUGGUGUCUCAGACCUGGAUGGAGAAGAAGGAGAAGAGGAUGUGGGUACUAGCAUGCCGGAGGGAGAAAUUCCUCAGAUACCUGAUCAGGAAAAGUUCCUCAAGGAGCAUUUUGGGACCCUGAGCAACAGUGAUGGAAAAGGUGGCUCAUGUAGGAAUCUGGAGAGAACCGAAAACCUCAGCAUUUCCUCUCGCUUUCUUUCCCAGUCCCCGGCUCUCAGACGACUGUCACUCUCUUCGUCAAAUCUGACACUGGAUUCAAAGCCCAUUGAGCCACCAACCCAGACCAGUCAGUUUACACCAAACCUGUUGAAAAAUGACAGCAGCCAUCCUGGUGAUGCAUUGGAGAACAGCCAGCUCCUGGAGAGUGUAAAUUCAAAUCGAGCUAUUUAUGUGCAGAAGAAACGCAGAUCAGCUUUGGAGGCCAGCAGAGUUGGUAUGGCUCCUGGACGGGUUAUUGCCUCCUUUCCAGAAGGGCCUGUGAAUGCAGUCAUGAGAAAGGCACAGUCAGUGCAUGACCUCGUGCAUGAGGAUAAGGGUCCUGGAGUGAUAUCCUCUGCCAAGCAGCGUCCUCAGACUCUUUUGGUGGUUGAGAAGGAUCCCAGACCUAACAAUUGCAGGGUGUUAUCAGCCAGUAUGUUGAAGAUGGAUGGAUCUGGUGCUCUGCUGGCCAAAGAUGUCAGGGCCGCAAAACCAAAGUCCUACAUGAACCCCACAACCAGCUUCCGGGCUAAGAUGUCAAGGAGCGUAUCUGUAGGGGAAAAUCUGUACCUUGGUUGCUCCACUGAAAUGUUGACUGAUGGGAGGACUAGUCCUCCAGUGACAGAGAAGACACAAUUUAGUUCCACACCAGAUGCUGAGAAGAUUAAGCUACCAGUGAAAGAAAAUGUUCCAGUGAAACCUGCACUCCAGCCAGUUGUAAACUGCUCAUCUCCCAAGUCCUUCCACAGCAAGUUGGCAUCAUCAAACCGAGCACAUCUGAUUCUUGACAUUCCCAAGCCAUUACCUGAUAGACCCACACUGGCCUCCUUCUCACCCACUACCAAAACAAAAGCCCUGCUUGAGCCACAGUCUCCACAGUCACCUGCUGGGGCCUCUAAAAAGAAACCCUCUUUUCCUGAGCUCCGAGCCUCCAAGAGGGAGAAUCAAACUGCUGGGUCUCUGGUUCCUGGUAGAGAGAUCCCAACAGGAGUUGCUAAGGAGAGCCCAGUGGAUUAUCCAGUCUCAAGGACAGAUUGCCAGGAUGAGCCAGGGGUCACUAGUCUAAAACUGAGGGAGGUGUCAGAGGGCCAGCCCCUAAGGUCUCCUGAGAGCACACUGCCCAGGGGCAGGGAGCAGAUCACCGGCAUCGCCUGUGUGCUAGACGGCCAACCUGGACUUUGCCCACUAGACCCCAUCAGGCCGAGGUCUCCUACAUCUGUAACUGCCUUGGCACAGGUCUCAGGUGUGCAUGGAUACCCAUCUCUUAUCUUCCCCCUUCUGUCUCCUGUCUUUGUGAACCGCCUCACGAUCCCAUCACAUUUCUUUACGUCCAGCUUCUGGCCUGUCUCGUCCUGUCUGCACCUGUCUCGUUCCAUAAACCAUCCCCUCAAUGAAUCAGGCAUCAGCAUAGAGCAGUGUGAGCACGUGGUAUCCGAGCUCCAGGACAGCAUGCGCAGAGCCCUUCACCUUUACCGCAGGGUAUUAAAUGAUACAGAAUCUUCUACUGACAAAGAUAAAAUAGCAGGCCUCCUGACAGAGACAUUCUCCUCAAUGAAGAAAGAAUUGGACUCUCUGAAGGAUGCAGAAGAGCUUCCAAAAGAUAAGGAGGCACCGGUGAAGCCACAAGAUAACAGUAGCCCACUGAAUGAGGGAUGUGGUGCCAAUCUACCGAGUCCCAAGAGCUUAGGAGAUGAGCAGACACUAGCUUUGUUGGAACAGUACUCGGAGCUAUUGCUGCAAGCUGUGGAACGGCGCAUGGACAAAAAACUCUAAGAGGGGUGGCUUUCAGGUGUUUGUGAAUACACAGAAGUAAUCACAAGAGAGGACCACAGAGAGAGCUUCAGACCAAUGCUACCUACCAUCAGCUGGUCUAGGGCUGGUGGGGAUACCUUUAUAAAUUGAUUUCCUCAGGCUCCAACAACUGACUUGUUCCAAUUCUUAGCAAUGUGCUGGCCACAGUUUUAGCAUUUGUUUCCCAAUGGUCUUCAACUUCCUGUCUCUAAACAAAGUCUUGAAAGAGGAGUUUGGAGAAAUUGCCUUGAAAUUUCUUCAUAGCCAGGAGGUCAGGAUGUUUGACACCUAAAAAGACAAAGAAAAUCCAGUUUAUCCAAAUUCUGAACUGCUGACUAAAAGCAAAGGAGUCCAUGUGAAGCCAAUCCCUUCCUCUCCGAGACUUCAUGAGAAUCAAGAAUCAGACUUUUAAUGGGUUUAUUUAUUAAUUUAUUUCUCUUGACUGUUGUUCUAUGCCACAUUUGUGGCUGUUAUCUUUGUCCUUUAAAAAAACUGUCAAUCCCUUUGCCAUAUCCCAGCGAGAAACAAUCUGUAUUAUAAACCCCCAACAAGGAGACAGGCUGGAGUGUCUGUGCAAUUAAUGAACUGUUCUUUGCUUAGAUCUUGUCUUGCUGUUCUUGCUUUUCCUGCCUUAGUUUUGUUCCCUGUAGUAAUCCUGCUGUUGUUAUGACAACCCUGUCUGCUUUCCUCUUGUGUCAAGACAGUCCCCACACUGUAUUUUAUCUGCAUUCACCUCCAGGGAAAGGCUCUGUAUGCCUUGGGCCAUGCUUUGGAGAUUACUUUAUGAAUUCAUUAGUAGUAUUUUUAAUCUGGAAUUUGAUGUUACAUUGAUACUUCAGACCGGGUUUUCUGCAGACAUUUUAAAAAUUGAAAUUAGAUACAAUACUAAAGUUUGUUUCAGCCACCUUUCAUGAUUAGGAGUUGGAUAUUGACUUUGAUGUUAUGAUUUAUUUGUGGAGAAGUGACAUGAAAAAGCUGGUUUCCAUCUCUUACAGUGUGACUCUGAAUUUGAGAGAUCUUUGGUGCCAUGGGUCAUCUGUGUCAUUUGUUCAUUUCUCUGUGACAGGAAAAUGAAUUCUCUUUGCCUUUACAGGAAAACAGGAUAUUUACAUCCCAAGAAGGCUGGGAUUCUCUUGCCUUUUGUAAAGCUGUUUCAAAUCCCCUCAGAAAAUUAUUUCCUAAGAACUUCAAAUGAGAUAUUUUCAAAUGAGACCAUUUCUCCAGCCUCUUUGCUUUUCAUGAAUUUCUGGUCUGAGAAACAGAAAAUCUUCUCUUCUUGCAUUUUUAUGUGCAAUAUUCUUCUUGCCCUGUGGAGCUUCUCUAAACCCAUGCUGACUUGUGUCUGUUGUGGCUUAAAAUUGUCCAGUGAUGUUUUUAGGUCAAUGAUAUAAGCUAAGAAAAAAAAAAUUAAACCAAUGAAAUUCUUCAGCACCUUCCCCCUUACUCCCACUCCUUUCAACAACAGGGGCAAAUACACAAAAUGUUUUAUUUCUUCCAUCUCCAGUCUGUCUUGCAUUUAUUUUAAGGCAGAGCAGUGUAAUCCCAGUUCAUAAACCUAAUGCAAGCAACAAGCCUUUGGUGGGAGACAGACCGCUAGCAUCUGUGGAAGUCAGUCAGAGGCAGCCAGACUGCAUCAUUUGGUUGCACAGGUUACAGGGUGGAAGCAGUUUUCUUUCAUUUUACUGUUCUGGCUGCUUCUGUCUGAAAUCCUGUGGCACUUGGAAAUGUGGUCUGUUGGCUUCUCUGUCUUUCUGUGACUGCAGAUCUGCAGUGCAGCCUUUCUUUCUACUGGUCUGGCCAGGCUGGCAUAGGACAACCUGUUUCUCGUGAGUAACUUUAGGGCUGAAUAAUCUGCAGUUCUGUCUCUCCCCAGAUCUCUCUGUGAUCCCCAGGUUUGCUGCCUGAUCACUACUGAGUGCUUCAGGACAUGGCAGUAUAGGGAACUCUUGGAGAGCUUUCCAGCUACUUCUGCCUGUAAUUGAAAUCUGCCUAAUCAUGUUUCAGGUGUCCUUGCUAACCUUUACUUCCAUGGUCUUGUACUGAAACUCUAAAGGGGUUAUUUUCUAGUCCUGUCUCUGCACUGUAUUGUGCUGAAUCAGCUGGUGUGCUUGGUCCCAUGAGCAGCUUCUCUUGCACAGACAGGUUUUGCAAAGGAAGGCAAGUUGGAAACCAGAGAGGAAAUUUCUGGCAGUUUCUCUGAGUGAAAAGGUGAGCUGGAGAUGCCAUGAGUGGAAUGUGUGAUGACAGUCAUGUUGGAUCUGUGAUGGGAGUUAGCGUGGGUCAAGCUUGCUUUUGAGGUGACCAGUUCCUCCAUUUUCAGACUGUGAACAUAUGUCCUAGUAUACAGGAAAUUUCUUGCUGUACUGGGGCCACAAGACACUCAGGAAAAAUAGCAGUCCCUUGAACCCAGGUAUAUUUCGGUACUGUUGAUAAUGGUUUGAGGGUUCUUUAUAGUACUUCCUUGUGCAAUUUUAUACCAUUUUAUAAUUUAAACUUUGAGAUAGUGACAAAAAGGUCAGAGAUGAUGCAGAAGAGCCAGUGGUGAGAAUGAAAUUACCACGAAGGUAAAGGGCAACAACCAGCAAAGCUGGCAUAGACAUAUGAAACAAAGCUCCUUGGAAAUAAGUUGUGUGAAGCAAAUCUGAUUUUUAAGCUGAUCAGAGUGGGUUUUGUUUCCUGGAAUGGAUUUUACUUGAGAUCAUGGCUGUAUACAGGAAACCAGAGGUAAAAUCUGAUCAGAAUGAUGGCAAGAAAAGUAUUGGGCAAGUAGAUCAGUUGGAGAAUAGUUGUGUAGUUUAAAAUAAAUUUAGAAUAGUAUAUGUAGAAGACUUAGGAAAAUAGAGUAGAAGUAGAGAUGGUCUUGGUCUGAGGAACACCAUUUGGCCAAUACCUGUGAAGGAUACAGUACCAAAAGGUUUUGGGAAAGUAGAUAUAGGACUUGGAGAUGGUGAGCUGUAAUUGAAGAAUGAAUUGGAAGGAGUUUGUUUUAAAAUAUGUUCUAUUGAGCCUCUUGCUUCUUGCUGUUCUCUAAGCAACUAUUUUUUUCUUAAAUGGCAAAAUCAUGAGCUGCUUGUUCAAGGCUUUGAUGUUUUGAAUUGAGUAGUAGAAGCCCAGUAAAGGAGACGCUGGUGCCACAAGUUUGUUGCUGAGAGGGGUGAGGAGAUAGUGUUGCUCUUUAUGAUUUAAGACUGAUCCAACUAAUUCUUCCCUGCUAACUUCCUAUUGCUGGCAGUAGGAAAUAUUCCUAAAACCCCUAGUUUACAGAACAAAGAGAGCAUAAAUGCAUUGCAUUUGCACCUUGUGAACAUGUUUCACCACAGGCUGUCCAUUGGGCCAGGUAGAGAAAUAAUGAAUGGUAACUGCCUGGGAAGUGAGGAGGUUUGUUGGAGGAGGUAAUAAAUUUGAGUCUAUCCUUCUUAAUGGUUCAUGAUCCCUCUUACUGGUUUGUGUGGGUGUUAGCAUAGGCACAGCAAUUAAGAUAAGUUAUUUGUUUAACAUAAAGCCUGAAAAAAUAAUUUUGACCUACCUAUCCUCUUUACAUAUAUUUUUCCCCCUUCAACCCAACAUUCCUGAUCAAUAUGAGAAGUUUUAGGUUUCUUUUCCAUCUUGUAAGUAGUACUGCUUUGCCUGUGGAAGGCCUCAGUUUGUUCUGGGGCUCUCUUGAACUGGGACAGUAGGAAGGGCUGCAACCUGAGAGGGCAGCAAACUCUUUUAUUUCCUGCUGCAGGCAGGUAACACCUUCCUCCUCCUCAUCCCUCAGCAGCACCCAGGAGCUGUGUGUAUGGGAGUCCGCAUUUCUUCCACCUCCUCUCUCAGGUUGUCCUCUCCUUUCCAUGCGACCUCCCAGGUGAUGAAUGGGGCAUGGCCUUACAGCAGCCCCCUUCCCAGCCUCCCCGUUUUGCAGACUUCAUCAUGACUCAGAGGAAUUGGGACGUUUCUUUCCGGGAGUAGAAACAUACCAACUUAAUUUUUUAAAAAGAACAAAUAUGUAUAUAAUUAUAUAUAAGAAAAAAAAAAAUGAAAUGCAGGUAUUUAAACACCCUUGGUAAAUUCAUGCAUGUAUACAGUGUCUUCCCCCCACCCCGUUGGAUGUGUAGCAUCCAGGACACUAAAUGACAUAAAACCUCAUUGAAAUGGUAGACAGGUCUAGCAGUCCCCCGAGAGAGCAGGUGCUUCCUUCUCUGGGUGGGUCCGGCGUGUCCCAUGUUUGAGAUCGUGUGUGUGAAUGACACGGGGCGCUGGGGCUGUGUUCGUGUCACCACGGGGGACACGCGCGGGCGGCCGCCUUCGGAACAAGCCAUGUCCGCCCCGCGUGUCCUUCCUGCGCCCUCGCUCCAGGCGGGCACCUCCUCACCCCUGUUCGCCCGCACUGCCCUUUCCUUCCGUCUUCUAAAACACAGAACAAACAACCCACCCCACCCCCACCCCCCCCGCUUUAUUUAUAAAUGCGUGUUUUUAUACUUUUGGCUUUAGGUAAAAUAAUACUUUGUCUUUUUUUUUUUUUUUUUUUUACUUAUUAUUUGGGAAAAAAUUAAAAAUUCCGUUUGUUGGGGUUUUUUUUGUUGUUGUUGUUUUUUUUUUUUUUUUUUUUUUUCACUGUGAGGCUCCCGCGGGAGCUGUUUUUAACUCUGUAUCCAUUUGUACUUCGUGUCUUAAACUGUUUCAAUAAAAACGUGACCAUUUGUUACCGA